CAAUCCCCGGACGGCUCACAAAUCCUCCCCCCCGAGAUGUCCUCACAGGAAGGUGUAGGAGGACCCGGCGUGGAGCCUCUGGUGGACCACCAGGUUGUGGUGGGUGCUGAAGCUGCUGCCGCAGUCCGGGCAGAGGAAGGGCUUCUCCCCGGUGUGGACCCGCAGGUGGGCGGCGAAGUGGCCCCGGUGGAUGAAGGACUUGUGGCAGUGCGGGCAGGAGAAGCGGCUCUCCUCCGCGUGGCUCCUCUGGUGGGCCAGGAAGUGCCCGUGGUGGAUGAAGGACUUUCCGCACAUGGAGCAGCAGAACUUCUCCUCCUCGGCGUGGAGCCGCUGGUGGGCCAGGAAGUGGCCGCGGUGCACGAAGCUCUUGUGGCACAGCGGGCACGCGAAGGGGUUGUCCACCUGGUGGUGGCUCCUCAGGUGCUUGUUGAAGCUGCUCUUGAGGCGGAAGGACUUGCCGCAGCGGAAGCAGCCGAAGGGGCGCUCCCCGGAGUGGACCCUCUGGUGGGACAGGAAGUAGGACCUCUGCGAGAAGCACCGGCCGCACUCCGAGCAGCAGAACGGCUUGUCCCCGGAGUGGACCCUCUGGUGGGACAGGAAGUAGGACCUCUGCGAGAAGCACCGGCCGCACUCCGAGCAGCAGAACGGCUUGUCGCCUGUGUGCGACAGGAAGGGGGUCUUCCAGGCCUUCCCGUAGUCACUGAGCUGAGGGUAGAACAAGGGGAGGGUCGGGAAGAUUGA